AUUUAAAGUAUAAUAAUACAUCAACAUGUGGAUCGUGCUAAAAGAAAUUAUACGGACACAUAAUUCUCCGUGACCGGUUGUUUAUUUGAUUAAUUAGCAUGAACCGAAAAUAAAUAAAUAAUAGAGCAAAAAGAGAAAAGAGGAGAAGAAAAACAAAAGAAAAAGGAAAAGGGUGCAACAUAGCUAUCAUUAAAAAGUAGACAAUGAUGGGUUUCGAAUCAUGUAUAAACAUGCAGACCAUUGCCCACCAUAAACCAAAGCAAACAAUAACUCAAUAAAUAAAGAGAUAAGAAUAUGAAUAUCACACCCAACCAAAACUUCUUAACUGUCACUAUUCACAACACCAAUACCUAAACAAAGAUGCAAAAUCUACUAUUGCAAUGCUUCUUCUUCCUCCUAUCACUUUCUUUCUUUUCUUCAUAUGCAGCUCUAGCUUUUUCCCAGUAUCCAAACAGAGAAUUCAAUGAAGCCAAAAACUAUGAAGGCUCUUCUGACCUAGUGGACCUCCGGUACCACAUGGGUCCAGUCCUUGCUUCUCCCAUGAACCUCUAUAUAAUAUGGUAUGGUCAUUGGAAUCCAGCACACCAAUCCACCAUAAGAGACUUCAUCUACUCACUCUCAUCACCGGCUCCUUAUCCUUCUGUCUCCGACUGGUGGCGAACAGUCCGAUUCUACACCGACCAAACCGGCUCCAACAUAACCAGCAACAUCGUCCUCUGCGGCGAAUCAUUUGACUCAAGUUACUCCCAUGGAAGUUAUCUGAGUCGUCUUGCUAUCCAAUCCAUAAUCAACACUGCAGUCACCAUUUCAAACCAUAGAGCUCUUCCACUCAACCCACACAACGGUCUUUACCUUGUCCUAACCUCUUCAGACGUCCGAGUCCAAGACUUUUGUAGGGCAGUCUGUGGUUUCCAUUACUUCACCUUCCCCACCAUAGUUGGGGUCACUGUACCCUAUGCAUGGGUGGGCUACAGUGGCUCACAGUGUCCUGGAAUGUGCGCCUACCCAUUUGCUUGGCCUGACUACUCGAAAACGCCACCACCUGGGGCUGGAGGGGUCGGUGGCAGCAACGUGAUGCGUCCACCAAAUGGGGAUGCCGGUGUUGAUGGUAUGAUCAGUGUGAUAGCUCAUGAGCUUGCCGAGGUGUCUAGUAACCCUCUUGUGAAUGCAUGGUAUGCUGGGGAGGAUCCAACUGCUCCAACUGAGAUAGCUGACUUGUGUAUGGGUGUUUAUGGGACUGGUGCGGGUGGAGGCUAUGUGGGGAAAGUCUAUAAGGGCUCUUGGGGAGUUGGGUACAACGUUAAUGGGGUGAAAGGGAGGAAGUUUAUGAUUCAGUGGGUGUGGAACCCCGUGAGAAGGAGAUGCUUUGGACCAAAUGCUUUAGACUAGAAGUGGGAGAUUGGGAUUAUGCAAUUAUAGUAUACUACGACUAUCUCCAGUGAAGAAUUUUUAACAAUUUAUAUCUUGCACUGUUUCAAUUUGAUGUAGUUUUGCUAUCUAAUAGUCCAUGCUCUUUCUUAAACGCAGAAACAAAAGAAAGUCAACUUUGUACAUAAUUCACUAUGAUUUUAUUAUAGCUACUACAAUGUCUAUUAUUAA